UUCCUUCACCGGCUGCUGGGAUCAUGGGGGCUGGGGCCAGCGCUGAGGAGAAGCAUUCAAGAGAGCUGGAAAAGAAGCUGAAAGAAGAUGCUGAGAAGGAUGCUCGAACCGUGAAAUUGCUGCUUCUGGGUGCUGGUGAGUCGGGGAAGAGCACCAUUGUCAAGCAGAUGAAGAUCAUACACCAGGAUGGGUACUCCCUGGAAGAGUGCCUCGAAUUCAUUGCCAUCAUUUAUGGUAACACCCUUCAAUCCAUCCUGGCCAUCGUGCGUGCCAUGACCACGCUGAACAUCCAGUACGGAGACUCUGCACGUCAGGAUGACGCCCGGAAGCUGAUGCAUAUGGCGGAUACCAUCGAAGAGGGCACGAUGCCCAAGGAGAUGUCGGACAUCAUCCAGCGGCUGUGGAAGGACUCGGGAAUUCAGGCCUGUUUUGAACGUGCCUCGGAAUACCAGCUCAAUGACUCCGCGGGCUACUACCUUUCUGACCUGGAGCGCCUGGUAGCCCCUGGCUAUGUGCCCACUGAGCAGGAUGUGCUGCGCUCACGUGUCAAGACCACGGGCAUCAUCGAGACACAGUUCUCCUUCAAGGAUCUCCACUUCAGGAUGUUCGAUGUGGGCGGACAGCGCUCGGAGCGCAAGAAGUGGAUCCACUGCUUCGAAGGGGUGACCUGCAUCAUCUUCAUCGCGGCGCUCAGCGCCUACGACAUGGUGCUGGUGGAGGACGACGAAGUGAACCGCAUGCACGAGAGCCUGCACCUCUUCAACAGCAUCUGCAACCACCGCUACUUUGCCACCACGUCCAUCGUGCUCUUCCUCAACAAGAAGGACGUUUUCUCCGAGAAGAUAAAAAAGGCGCAUCUCAGCAUCUGCUUCCCGGACUACGACGGGUCCAACACGUACGAGGACGCGGGCAACUACAUCAAGGUGCAGUUUCUCGAACUCAACAUGAGGCGGGACGUGAAGGAGAUCUACUCCCACAUGACUUGCGCCACAGACACGCAGAACGUCAAGUUUGUCUUCGACGCUGUCACCGAUAUCAUCAUCAAGGAGAACCUCAAAGACUGCGGCCUCUUCUGAGGCACAGAGUCCUAGUUGAUGCCCCU